AUGGCUGACACUAAGCGCCCUCGCGUCUUCUUCGACAUUGCCAUUGGCGGUGUGAAAGCUGGCCGCGUUGCCUUUGAGCUCUACAGCGACAUUGUCCCCAAGACCGCCGAGAACUUCCGCGCACUAUGUACCGGCGAGAAAGGCGAAGGCACAUCUGGCAAACCGCUCCACUACAAGAAUUCGAGCUUCCACCGCGUCAUCAAGGGCUUCAUGAUCCAAGGCGGUGAUUUCACACAGGGUAACGGGACAGGCGGUGAAAGCAUCUAUGGCGAGAAGUUCGAGGACGAGAACUUUGAAAAGGUGCACGACAAGCCGUUCCUGCUGAGCAUGGCAAACGCCGGACCAGGAACAAAUGGCUCACAGUUCUUCGUAACUACGGUGCCCACACCGCAUCUCGACAAGAAGCACGUCGUUUUUGGUGAGGUCAUCAACGGCAAGAGCAUCAUCCGUACAAUCGAGAACCUCAAGACACAGAGCGGUGACAAGCCCGAGCGAGACGCCACCAUAAUCGACUGCGGCGAGCUCUCCGGCGACGACUACGACAAAGCCACCGAAAAGAUCUCCGACGCAACCGGCGACCCUUACGAAGACUUCCCCGAAGACCAAAAAGCCAACGCAGACGACGAGUGGAAAGGCGAAGAGAUUCUCGAAAUCGCUACAAAGUUAAAGGACAUGGGCAACGACGCCUUCAAAAAGGGCGAUCUCAAACUCGGUAUCACAAAGUACCAGAAGGGUAUCCGAUAUCUGCACGAGUACCCCGCCCCUCUUGACGACGACCCCGCAGACCUCUGGCCUAAACUCAACGCCCUGAAGGUUUCUCUCUACAGCAACUCGGCGCUUCUCCAGAACAAACUGAGCCAGUUCGGUGAAGCAGCGGAGAAUGCGACAAAGGCGCUGGAUAUCGAGGGUAUCACGGACAAGGACAAGGCCAAGUGCUAUUUCAGACGAGCACAAGCUAAAGCCGGGAAGAAGAAUGAGGAUGAGGCGCUGGCGGAUUUGCACGAGGCAGCCAAGUUUGCACCGGGAGAUGCGGCGAUUGUAAAGGAGUUGGAUGUAGUCAAGAAGAGGGUGCAGGCGAGGAAGGAGAAGGAGAAGAAGGUCUACAAGAAUGCUUUCAACUUUGACUAA